CCUGUCUGUUUGUUUGUGUAAGGCUAUCAAAAGAAGUCAGAGAGGAGGCUGUGGCCCGGAUCCUGACCCUGAUUGUAUGAAUAAGUAAGCAGGAUGCGAGUGAUUGGGUUAGAUGCUGCGAAGAUUUUUUUUUUUUUUCAAGUUAGGAAGAGGGUAAAAAAGACAGCCGGGAGGAAAAGGCAAACAGUGCAUCCCUAAAUCCUCGCACUUGCUCUCCUUGCAGUCAGUGGCUUCUCUGGCUCCUGCAGGCUUUUAAGGUCUCGCGGCAGACGUGCCUGGCCCCCACCCCCUUCCUCGGUCUCCCCUUUCAGCUCAGAUGUGCUGAUGUGCAGAUCGGAUUCCUGUUCCCGGAGCGGUGGCGGCGGCGGCUCGCGCUCGGCCGCGGGGUCCUGACAGCGGCGGGUGCGCGGAGCGGGGUCCGAGCUCGGGGGCAGCCGAGCCGCGACCGCGGAAACUUCGGCCGCCAGAAGGACGACCUGGCCGGGCGAGCGCCCGCCCGCUGAGCUCAGUUGGCCCGCAGCCGCCCCUGCCCGCCUCCCGGAGCGGAGCUCCUCACCUGCCCUCCGCCCGCCCGCGGGUCCCCGCAGCUCCCCCUGCAGCUGGGGUCCCGGGCAGCGCUCGCACCCGCAUGUCUCGGGACACCUAGCGCCCGGGUCCGGCCGAGGAGCCUCCGCGCGGGGCGCAGAGCGCCGGUGCCCCGGCCCCGCGCCUCAGCCACCGGCCCGCAGUCCGUCCCCUCCCGCUCCGCCGGGAGAGGAGGAUGGGGCUGGAAGCACUGUCGCCAAGGAUGCUCCUGUGCCUGCUGGCCUUGGGCACUGUUUUCUGCGGGGAGCUGUGGGUCUGCGCUGGCCUCGAUUAUGACUACACUUUUGAGGGGAAUGAAGAGGAGAAGGCGGAGACUAUCGAUUACAAAGACCCGUGCAAAGCCACUGUAUUUUGGGGUGAUAUUGCCUUAGAUGAUGAAGACUUAAAUAUCUUUCAAAUAGAUAGGACAAUUGACCUGACCCAGAAUCCCUUUGGACAACUUGGACAUACCACAGGCGGACUUGGAGACCAUGCUCUAGCAAAGAGACGAGGGGCCCUCUAUCAACUUAUAGACAGGAUAAGAAGAAUUGGCUCUGGCUUGCAGCAAAACAGCACAGUUAAGGGAAAAGUACCUCAAAAAUUCUCAGGGCAAAAUGAGAAAAAUCGAGUUCCCAGAGCUGCCACAUCAAGAACGGAAAGAAUAUGGCCUGGAGGUGUUAUUCCUUAUGUUAUAGGAGGCAAUUUCACUGGCAGCCAGCAAGCCAUGUUCAAGCAGGCCAUGAGACACUGGGAAAAGCACACAUGUGUGACUUUCAUUGAAAGAAGUGAUGAAGAGAGUUACAUUGUGUUCACCUAUAGACCUUGUGGAUGCUGCUCCUAUGUAGGUCGGAGGGGAAAUGGACCUCAGGCCAUCUCUAUUGGAAAGAACUGUGACAAGUUUGGAAUUGUUGUUCAUGAACUGGGCCAUGUGAUAGGCUUUUGGCACGAGCAUACACGGCCAGAUCGCGAUAACCACGUAACCAUCAUAAGGGAAAACAUCCAGCCAGGUCAAGAGUACAAUUUUCUGAAGAUGGAGCCUGGAGAGGUGAACUCCCUUGGAGAAAGAUACGACUUUGACAGCAUCAUGCACUAUGCCAGGAACACGUUCUCAAGGGGGAUGUUUCUGGACACCAUUCUCCCCUCCCGUGAUGACAAUGGCAUUCGGCCAGCAAUUGGCCAGAGGACCCGGUUAAGCAAAGGAGACAUUGCACAGGCAAGAAAGCUGUAUAGAUGUCCAGCUUGUGGAGAGACUCUACAAGAAUCCAAUGGCAACCUUUCCUCUCCAGGUUUCCCAAAUGGCUACCCUUCUUAUACACACUGCAUCUGGAGGGUCUCCGUGACCCCAGGGGAGAAGAUUGUCUUCAAUUUCACCACGCUGGAUCUGUACAAGAGUAGCUUGUGCUGGUAUGACUACAUCGAAGUGAGGGACGGACACUGGAGGAAGUCGCCUCUCCUUGGCAGAUUCUGUGGGGACAAAGUACCCGAAGUUCUGACCUCUACAGACAGCAGGAUGUGGAUUGAGUUUCGUAGCAGCAGUAACUGGGUAGGAAAAGGGUUUGCUGCUGUAUAUGAAGCAAUCUGUGGAGGUGAGAUACGUAAAAACGAAGGGCAGAUUCAGUCUCCUAAUUAUCCUGAUGACUAUCGACCGAUGAAAGAAUGCGUGUGGAAAAUAACAGUGUCUGAGGACUACCAUGUCGGACUGACCUUUCAGGCCUUUGAGAUUGAAAGACAUGACAACUGUGCCUAUGACCACUUAGAAAUUCGAGAUGGGACCAGUGAAAAUAGCCCCUUGAUUGGGCGUUUCUGUGGUUAUGAUAAACCUGAAGACAUAAGAUCCACCUCCAAUACCUUGUGGAUGAAAUUUGUUUCUGAUGGAACUGUCAACAAAGCUGGGUUUGCUGCUAACUUUUUUAAAGAGGAAGAUGAAUGUGCCAAGCCAGACCGAGGAGGCUGUGAGCAGCGGUGUCUGAACACCCUGGGCAGCUACCAGUGUGCCUGCGAACCUGGUUAUGAGCUGGGGCCAGACAGAAGGGGCUGCGAAGCUGCCUGCGGUGGGCUUCUUACCAAGCUGAAUGGCACCAUCACCACCCCCGGCUGGCCUAAAGAGUACCCUCCUAAUAAAAACUGCAUGUGGCAAGUGGUUGCACCAACUCAGUACAGAAUUUCCAUGAAGUUUGAAGUUUUUGAAUUGGAAGGCAAUGAAGUUUGCAAAUAUGAUUAUGUGGAGAUCUGGAGUGGUCUUUCCUCUGAGUCUAAAUUGCAUGGCAAAUUCUGUGGUGCUGAAGUCCCUGAAGUGAUCACAUCUCAGUUCAACAACAUGAGAAUUGAAUUCAGGUCUGAUAACACUGUAUCAAAGAAGGGCUUCAAAGCACAUUUCUUCUCAGACAAAGAUGAAUGUUCUAAGGAUAAUGGCGGGUGUCAGCAUGAAUGUGUCAACACAAUGGGAAGCUACAUGUGUCAGUGCCGGAAUGGAUUUGUCCUGCAUGAAAAUAAACAUGAUUGCAAGGAAGCUGAGUGUGAACAGAAGAUCCACAGCCCGAGUGGUCACAUCACCAGUCCCAACUGGCCAGACAAGUACCCAAGCAGGAAAGAGUGCACGUGGGAGAUCAGAGCCACUCCCGGCCACCGGAUUAAAUUAGCCUUUAGUGAGUUUGAGAUUGAGCAACAUCAAGAAUGUGCUUAUGAUCAUUUAGAAGUAUUUGAUGGAGAAACAGAAAAAUCACCAAUUCUUGGACGACUAUGCGGUAACAACAUACCGGAUCCCCUUGUGGCUACUGGAAAUAAAAUGUUUGUUCGGUUUAUUUCUGACGCAUCUGUUCAGAGAAAAGGCUUUCAAGCCACACAUUCUACAGAGUGUGGAGGUCGAUUGAAAGCAGAACCAAAAUCCAGAGAUCUGUACUCACACGCACAGUUUGGUGAUAACAACUAUCCAGGACAGGUCGACUGUGAAUGGCUGCUAGUAUCCGAACGAGGCUCUCGACUUGAACUAUCUUUCCAGGCCUUUGAAGUGGAAGAAGAGGCAGACUGUGGCUAUGACUAUGUUGAACUCUUUGAUGGUCUCGAUUCGACAGCUGUGGGUCUUGGUCGCUUCUGUGGAUCUGGACCACCAGAAGAAAUCUAUUCAAUUGGGGAUGCAGUUUUAAUUCAUUUUCACACCGAUGACACAAUCAACAAGAAAGGAUUUUAUAUAAGAUACAAGAGCACAAGAGAUCCAGAAAGCAUGCAUACCAAAAAAUAGCACCUGAACCUCUCUCAGAACCUAAAGGAAUGUGCACAGUGGAGAGAAGACAUAUUUUUUUUAAACUGACGAUAUUAGUACAAAUGUUUUAUAUAGUGAGUUUGAACAAAAGAAAACUGUAAGAUCAAAGUUAUACUAACUGUACUAAAAGAGUUUCCAGCUAACGCUGACCAGCAUUACAAGAAUAUCUGAACUCCAUGCUUGAUGCAUUAAAAAAAAAUGGUGGAUGGGCACCUUCUGCUUCAAGAAAGCCUCCAUCAGCUUGUGUUCACAGCUUGAAACUGAUGCCUCAUGAUUCACACAGUUCAAUUCUGGGGCUGUCACCCUGCAGGGUGUUCUUUUUGACUAUUUUUCAAGACUUGGGAUUGUACAAUGAUCUUGCAGGUCAUAAAUUGGAAAACCUUUUACCUUUAGCGUAAUUGCUUUGACUUUGUAUCUCUGAUACAAUGUAAACCAGAUUCAUAUAAGGUGAUGUGAAGUGGGAGUCUUUGGAGGGUGGUUUGUACUCUGUGUGUGUGCGUGUGUGUGUACGUGUGUGUGUGUGUGUGCGAUGUCUGGAAACUGGAAUAUUUCAGCUUCAUUAUUUUCACUUGCAGGCCAGCUUAACCUCUUCAAAACACAAGUGAUAUUGAGACUACUUCAUUGUAUUUACAUUUUGACAAGUUCAAAGUGUGGAUAGUAUCUAUUAAUGCAGUUAAAGUCUAGACAUCAUUUUGUAAUUACUGGAAAAUGCCCAGUUAAUUGGUAAACUCAGUUCUUUCUGUGUAAGUCCUGCCUUUUCACAACAAAUCUAUGAUGUCUUAAGGUCCUUAUGAGAAAACUCCCAUGAGGUGUGUGCAGGAUUCUUCUAAAUGACUGCCUGGAUGAUUCAUGUUCAAAUUACUACUGCUGCUAUUGUCUUUCUUUUGUUAAUGAUGUAUUAUUGUUGUAGUUAUUAUUGUUGAUGUCAUGGUUAGUGUGUUUUUUAAAAAAAUAGAAUGAAGGGGAAGUGGCCCUUGUGAGAAUUUAAAAUCUCUCUUUUUUUUGCUUCCUGGAAUUCAGUUCAAAAAUGGCAUGUUGAAAAAAGGAUGUUUUUUUGGAAAGACUUCUUAUGGUGCUAUUCCAUAAACUUUGUUUUAAACAAUUUUUUGACCUUUGAGCCAACUAUAGACUAUGAAUGUCUCCAUAUGUCUGGCUGGUAGCAUUUGAAGAGUAAAGACUUGUGAAGUAUAUUGAGUAUAUCAUUGCAAAGGCAGAUACAUAUAUUUCCUGUGGAGCAACUACUUAUAUUGCCUUAGAAUUCUUGCACAUGAUCCAAUAGUUCUUCCUAGAAACACACCUUUUGAAAUAUUGAACAUAAUAGUGUGUGUUAAUCAGCGGAUUGAGGAAAACCCAUUUCCCUGACUGAGA